AUGAAAGUAAACAGGAAGUACUCUUACUCUGACUUUCCACAAGGCCAACUUCCGGUCUUUUCAUGGCAAGAAAAGGCCGUGGUUGUAUCUCUGUUUAUUCGUGUCAGUAAACAGAAAUACGUCCAGGUUACCGUUCUGAAAUGGAUAUUCUGAAAGCUGAGAUUGACAGAAAAAGGAAACUCAUCGAGGAGAAGCAGCUUGUUGACGACUCCAAAAAAUUCUUCAAAAGGGGUGAUCUUGCACGAAUCGAGCAAGAAGAUUACUACAGAAGAUGUGGAUAUAACAUUGACCAGAAGGAGGACGAUGAACCAACCACCUCAGCUAAUCCAGUGUUGGAACUGGAGCUGACGGAAGAGAAGCUGCCCAUGACGCUUUCCCGACAGGAGGUCAUUCGACGGCUUCGAGAGCGAGGGGAACCGAUCCGAUUGUUUGGAGAGUCUGAUUAUGAUGCCUUCCAGAGACUCAGGAAAAUUGAGAUUCUGACCCCAGAAGUAAACAAGGGCUUGAGAAAUGACCUGAAAGCAGCCAUGGACAAGAUCGACCAGCAGUACCUGAAUGAGAUAGUUGGAGGUACAGAGCCAGGGGAGGUGGACACGCAACACGACCUGAAAGUUCAUGAAGAAAACACCACCAUAGAAGAGCUGGAGGCUCUGGGGAAAACUCUCGGCACAGGGGAUGAUAAUUGGGACCAGGAUGUUAUCGAUAAAUUUUUGAGGUUCCUUCUUGGUGUUUGGGCCAAAGAUCUGAACAGUCGAGAAGAUCAUGUGAAGCGCAGCGUUCAGGGCAAGUUGGCAAGUGCAACACACUCACAGACGGAGUCUUACCUCAAACCGCUCUUUAGGAAGCUCAGGAAGAAGAGUUUACCUGCUGACAUCAAAGAUUCAAUCACAGACAUCAUCAAAUUCAUGUUGGAGAGAGAAUAUGUCAAGGCAAACGACGCAUACCUACAAAUGGCCAUCGGAAACGCCCCCUGGCCCAUUGGUGUGACUAUGGUCGGUAUCCAUGCCCGUACUGGACGAGAAAAGAUCUUCUCCAAACACGUGGCUCAUGUCCUCAACGAUGAAACACAGAGGAAGUACAUUCAGGGACUGAAGAGGCUAAUGACCAUGUGCCAGAAACACUUCUCAACCGAUCCAUCAAAGUGUGUGGAAUACAAUGCCCUUUAACUUCUGGCUUUAGCUGAUGUUAGGACAGAGCUGUCGGAUUUAUCGUCUCAGUUCAAAGUUGGGUUUUUUCUUUUUUUUCUUUCAUGUUUGUGAUAUUAAAUGCUCAAAAUCUUUUACACAUUCAUUUCUUAGGGUCUUACUGUUAGAGUACAUGCAGGAUUUAAACAAGCCUGAGGUGAUUUCAGCUCAGUUGGAUAUGUUAUUUUCAAAAAGUGUUAAAAGAAUGUUAUUUUAGAGAGGAAAGUGGAAGUUGUGUAAGUUUUAUUACACCCAAAAUAACACACCAAAUUAUGAACAUAUAUUUGGCAGAUUCACUUUGAGGUACAUGCUGGCACACAAGGAGACCUUUGUUGCUCUUCUGUCUUGGAAUAAAUGAGAUUUUAACCAUACCUGCCAUCAGAAUGGGGAGUCUUUAUGCAGACACCAAAAGCUAAAUUUCCAAUCUGAGAUGUCAUCUGCAGAUGCCACAUUUUUUAUGCUGCUUUUGUUUGUGGCUGAGCUGUGGAAAUGAUUAUUUGUAGCAGCUACUUCUUUUUUUGUCAAUAAAAAAAAAAGAAAUAGGCGGAUUACAAGGGACACACAGCAUGCUUCAGUAAAUUUCUAGUGCCUGCUAGAGCACAUUAUCCACAUAUGAUUAUAUAGGGAACACUUAAGGAAACUGUAUUCCCUUGUGUACAACUAGACCAAAAUCCACAGAAUUAUUCAGGCACAAACUAGAUUUGCAGCGGCUGAUCGGUUAUAACGGCUCUUUCUAGUUUUGUCAGGAUGGUGACAUCCAACGUCAUACACUGACCUUAUUACACAGAGUAACCAUGGCAAUCUGAUUUGCUCCUUGUGGAGAUGGUAUGUUCUUGGCUGCCUGAGCCCACGUCAGCUCUUAAUACGUCACUGUUUGGACGGCCAUGUGGGCAGGUUGACAGUUGGCUGGGGAAAUAGGGUGCACCUCUGCUGGAUUUUACUCAGAACAUCUAAAUCUGCAAGAAAGAUGGUGUCCUCACAGCAGUCAGUGGUGAGGCAUUCAGUGUGAAAGAAUGGGCCUUUCAAAGGCCAGUACCUUCAUCCAUACAUGCAGGCUUUCGCCCACCUGUCCUUGAGUUGGGCUAAGCAAAAUAUUUUGGCUUUUGUCCAGUCUAAUCUGAUGCGUCACUGUCAGCGAUGUGUGCCAAGGCCUUGAGAUGAUUGUCCGAUAGAAAUCGCUCACUGGGAAGGCGAAUUCUUUCUGUUUUUCUAAUGCAAGGGAGUUUUAUGAGAGGUGGACCGGUAUAAAAGUGGAGAUAAUUCAUUAUUGUUUUGAACCAAAACAGUAUGAGCUAAUUGAAUGAAUAAAUCUACAUUUUCUGAUAUUAGAAGUAUGCAGAUACAUGCCCAGGGCACAGACUUCCUGAGGAGUUUGUGUGGAAACGUUGACGUUAAUGUGUGAAUCGGCACUGAAUGACUGCAAUGAGCAUAUUAAAGACCCUUCUGACCAG